AUGGCGGCGGCAGGAGGCGCAUCGAGUAUUAUUACUCAGGUACAACAGACAGGAGGGCCUCCGAUAAACACACUUGGCGAUGUCAAUGGCGACGAGCAUAUCACUCUUGAUCUCCGGGGAACCCGAUUCACUCUUUCACGCGAUGAGCUAUUGACUUUACCGGAGUUUGUCCUCCUAUCGCUUUUCCCUAACGGCUUACUUCCGGAUGGCCAUAUGAAUGGCUUUCAUGAAAGCGAUGUAUAUCCUGUUGAUUACGACCCAGCAUCUUUGCAGUACAUGCUAGACUUUUUCCGCUCUGUCGCACAGUCUAUCCCGUCUUCGCCAUCAGCAUCACAAGAUCUUGAUAUGUCUUCGGAUUCUAUGCAAGGUUCCACUAGAGACAUGCUCCAAGAUCGGGCCGGUAUCAUCGUCUUACGUGAAGAUCUGGACUUUUAUGCGAUUCCUCCCCGCCCCGACAUCGACCAUGGAGAGAUGGUGGAGGUCAAGCGUUCCGCUGCCAAGGCGCUGUUAAAACAAGAUGGGAUCUUUUCAGGGCUCAGGAAAAGCGAUGAACCCGGCUCCACAGAGCAACAUCUCAUUGAAAUGCUCACUGCAGGUGGCUUCGACCGCGAGGAUCGAUGGGGACACCGUGCUCCAGAGCCCAACAAAGCAGUCAUCUGCAGUCUUGCUUUGGCGAAACUGCGGACCGACAUUAGAGGCGAUUUAGCCAGCAAUAAUGUCGGCAUGGCUCAGAAGCUUCUCCUGUUUUGGCGCAAGCCAGCACGGCGAUGCUGGUGGGAAGGCGUUGAGCUAGACAAUGUCGAAGGAGUUGAAGGCAAAGUCAAGAUCUGGAUCCGCAGGGUCUGGACCCUAGAAAUGAGCGUAAUUGGCCUCCGAUAG